CCUAAAUAAUAGCGUAACGUUAUAAUUAACUGUAAACCGUAAUUACUGGAUUUUAUGACGUAUUAACUGAGUUGACGAGAUAAUAGAUUGUCAUUUAAUAUGAUUGAUUUAUUGUCUCACAUGCGAGGAAUGCAGCAUUGGUAAGUUAUUAGAUCCAAUAUCAAUUACCACAAUGAGAUCAAACCCAAUAUGGCUUCUAGGAUUUCACGGUCCACGACCGCAAUACUUAGCUAUACCUUUCAUAAAAUCCAGUAAACCAAUUCAUGCUCAUAUCAGUGUAGUCUCUGAUCGGAACAACAUGUGUUCCAAGCAGCAGGAUUCAUGUGUCGAGGUGAGAUUUGGACAAAUAUUUCGUUUAGCAUUUUGUUAUGUCAUUUUUAAACAAUUUGUAAAUUAAUUUUCACUUUUCUCUCAAACUCGAAUGCCUUUUCUUAAGCCUGUGCACCGUGUGCCCCCCUCCUUUAUCUGAUGCAGUGCCAAAUUGAAUAUUUCUCCAAAAUACUAACAUUUUCUAACGUUCAAAAUUAUAUUUUUUGUUUUUAUACUUGCAUUGUUGUAACAGGGUUGUUGGAAAUGGGGUUAACUGUUGAGGUGUUGGUAUUUUGGUGAAAUUAUCACCUGUAAAUAAACAUACAAUAAAUUUCUAUAUUCCUAUGAAUAUCGUAUUUAUUUAAAAAUAUUUAUAUUUAUUUUUUAACUACUUCUUGUAUGUUUAUUAUGUAGCAUUUUGUAAAUAAUUUAUUAAUUUCUGCUUGGAUCAAGCUUGCACAGUCUUGUAGUUUAGAGUGCGUGAAGCUUUUUUCAAGAUUAUCCUUGCAUGCUUUACUACUGAGCUUUGUUAUCGCUUCGACUAGGCUGAGGAAGUUCCUCUGGGGAUUGACUUAGAAGAAGAAGAACCGAGUGAAUAUGAUGAACCAGUACAGGAUUAUAGUUUCUAUGAACCGACACUGGAUCCCAGUUCUGAGUUUCCAUGGCAUCGUCCUUAUAAUCAGAUCAAAAACACAGAAUCCAUUGAGCCCAGCAUUGACAUAGGUCAAUUUCAUGAUCCAUGGCAAAUUUACAGAGGGAACAUACCUCCUAGUAAAGAUGAUGCAAGUUGUAUAAAUGCAACGGAAAGUCAUAGACAGUAUGCCUGGGACUACAUGCAACCGCAAACACAGCAUUAUACACCUGAGAAUAGUCACAAUUCUGAAAACACUUACACUCAAAAUUAUAAUAGCGAAAUAUGGCAAUAUAAUUCCGAACAGAGUUCUCAACCUCAAACUACGCAACAGUUUACGACAUUUACACCUUCAAUAAGUUCUCAAUGGGAAGAGAGUCAAUGCAACAUAAAUGUUCAUGAUCAACACUAUCACACACCGAUCCAAGAAAUAAUUGUUCACCAUGAUCAUUACCCAAGUCACAGUAAUCAACAAAGUUCCCCUGAAUCUCAAAAUCAGCCUGGUGAUCAUCAAGGUCAUCAUAACAACCACCAAAGUCACAUCCAUCACCAACAUAUCGAACAUCAUCAAAACAAUUAUCAGAAUUACAAUCAAUCUCAUCACCAUGAAAAUGAUCAGAACCAAAACGAUUUCACUCAGCAGCGUUUUGAAAGUCAUGUACAUGAACAAAAUCAAAAUUAUAAUUAUCAACAUUCAUCAGAACAUCAUCACGAGGCACAAUCCUAUCACGACCCUGGUUUGGAGCAAUCACAUCAAAGAGCCGAUUAUUAUCAAGACAAACACGAUUCACAGUCUCUUUUUCAUAACCAUUCCCAUAGCAAUAUCACAGAAAAUAACAAAAAUGUUAACAAUGAUGAUAGAUUCAAUAAUAGUUAUAGGAAAAAUGUUGAAAUAAAUUAUUCGCAGUUUAAAAAACAAACUCAACCACAAAUAUACACUGUCAUGAUGGAUCAUGAAAGGCUGCAUAAUGUUCGUAAAUUACAUUCAAAUCUAAAUGGCUGUGAAGCAGAAUACUAUAGUAAUACUUUUGAAGAUAUCCCUAGGCAUCCGUACGAUGGAUUUUAUCUAAGACAUAGAACUACUAUAGAUUCUCGGGGGCGAAAAAUCUGUAUUCAUGAAAUACCUUUAUCCCCUCCUUCGCCAACACCGUCACUCGAGUCGUCACUUGAAAGCGAUGAUGAAAAUGAAAUAUUCAAAGAUAUUAACUAUGACAGGCUGAACGGUGAGGAAAGUCAAGUAAGUAGCCAACUGUAUGACACAACGUAAAGGGUACGUAAUCAGAUUUUUUUUGAAGCUAUGCCAAAUGUAAUUAGUAGUUUCUUUAGAACUGCAUGCAUAUAGUGAUCAAAAAUACUAAUUUUUAAUAUCAUUAAUCUAUUACUUUUUCUGUUAAAAAUUUACUUCAAUACAUGAUUUUAAAUUUCAUUUUAAUAAUUGAUUUCACUUGGGUG